UUGAACGAUGCUAUCGAUGCGCUCGAUGCGUCAAGAGUCGCAGCGCGUUGCAGCGCGCGCUUGCAGACUUGGCGGCCGCAGGCGAGUUAACUAGUGUCGUUGACAUACUAGGACUCAAGGCGAAAUCGACUUAGAGCUCCAGCAAGCGCGACCUGAGGAGCCUUGACGCAAAGCUUCGGCACUUCCCCCGUGUACGCGCACGAUCGAGGAGAUCUUCCCUAAACACCAAAAAUUGGCAAAACUCUCGCCAUGGAGACCACAGACGCCUUCCGGGCUCGCUUCGAGGAGAACUACUACACACUGUUGAUCAAAAAGGGCUUUGACCCUGCCGCGGCGAGGACGCGAGCGCGCGAAAAGGCGGCGGCCCUCCCGGAACGGAUCGAGACGCCCGCCGCAGCGCCUGCGCCAGCACCUGCCGCGCCGCCCACGCCCGUCGCCGCGCCGCCUGCUCCGCCGCCUGCACCCGCAGUCAAGCGCGAGGCGCCAUCGUCGGAGGACGAAUCGGAAGACGACGGCGACGAGUCCGACGACGACGCGGUACCUUUGGCCUCCCGAUCGGUAGACGAACUGAAGGCGAUCUGCCGGCGGCGCAACCUGCGCGUCGGCGGCAAGAAGGCCGAGCUUGUGCAACGGAUCGUGGACGACGACGGCGGCGUCCGCGAGCCGUCGAAGAAGAAGCGACGCGUCCGCAAAAGAAACUGGGGCCGCGGCUCGAUGAGCGGGCAACAACUCGGCGCGAUGGCGUCCGCGAUGCGCGUCGUGUUGCCCGAGCAGCUCCCGACGCCGGCGCUCGUGUCGCGCGAGGCGCCGGCGCAACGGGCCGACCACGUUUGUACGUGUCUGUCGGGCCACCCCGACCGGUGCUCCGCGCCGGUGCAUCUUUGCGCCUGUUGUACGGGCAAUUUCGCCGCGUGUCGCGCGACGGCGCACAACUGCAACUGCACGACCAUGAUCAGCCUGCUCUCGUCGACGGCGAUCCCGUGCCGAACUGUGUGGAAAGAUCCAGUUACCGAGACGAGGUCGCGUCGAUGGCGUGGGGCGUCCGAGAUUUUGUUUCCACACAGGUGCCGCGCGCACGUCCACCGGUGCCGCUGCGACAACCCGUCGCACAAGUGCCUGUCGCGCGUCCACAAGUGCAUCUGCGGGACGGUGCUCGGGAAGUGUCUGAAGCAUCCCAAUCGUAAGAAGUAACUAGCG